CGCUGGCAGAGCGUUGUCUGAAGUGGUCUAUUUACGCAGCCGGUUGCCUUGUCUCCUUCAUCCUCACCUUCCAAAUCCAUGAACUUUUGUUCGGGAUCACCGGCUUUCUGUUAAUAUUACGGCCCCCACAGCGAUCAAGUUUGUCCGACAAUGCAAGGUUUACCAGCUCAUCAACAGCAGAACAAGGGCACACUUAUACCUGGUCAAACCAUCUCUGUGAAUAAGUACACCGUUCAAGUCGAAAGAUACCUAUCUCAAGGUGGUUUCGCGCAUGUCUACCUCGUUCGAACGGCCGCACCCGUUUACAACACUACGCACCAUGUCCUCAAAAGAAUCGCUGUUCAUGGUGAAGCCAUGCUCACCGAUGUGAAGAAGGAAGUUGAUAUUAUGAGAUUACUGAAAGGCCACCCCAACAUCGUUCAUUUAAUUGAUGCUGCUUGGCAUAGAAUGUCAAACGGAUUAUAUGAAGUAUUUAUACUCAUGGAAUUCUGCCCAGGGGGCGGUAUAAUUGACAUGAUGAACCGGAGACUUCGUGAACGGCUCACUGAAGCUGAAAUUCUACAGAUCUUUGUUGACGUUUGCGAGGGUGUUGCCUAUAUGCAUAACUCACGACCACCGCUUCUUCAUCGUGACCUCAAGGUCGAGAACAUUCUUCAGGCUUCCCCAGUAUCCUUCAAGCUUUGCGACUUUGGAUCUGCCGCGACCGCAGCUACUCGUCCUCCGCAAACGGUCCAAGAGUUUAGAGCACUGGAAGAUGACUUAAACCGGCAUACAACAAUGCAAUAUCGUGCCCCAGAAAUGAUUGACGUUCAUAUGAGAAGGCCCGUAGACGAGAAGAGCGAUGUAUGGGCGUUGGGCGUCCUCCUAUUCAAACUUUGCUAUUAUACAACCCCUUUUGAAGAGCACGGACCUCUUGCGAUCCUCAAUGUGCAGUACAAGACACCACCGUAUCCAAUUUACUCGUCUCAUAUGAGGGAAUUGAUAGCCUCUAUGCUUCGUGAGCAUGGUACACACCGUCCGACAGUGUUCGAGAUUCUCAAUCAAGUUCAUCGACUUCGAGGGACCAAGUCGCAGUUCCAGUACAACGUUCCCGCUCCCAAACCACUUUCGCCACGCCAAAGCACAUUCAAGCCCUCUCCCCCUCCUUCAAACAAUCUUAUGGGUAGUACAAUAUCCUACCGACAAGCUCCGGUGGUAGCGUCUAGCGUGAGUCCCAAGAUCGGGACAUCUUCACCAGCUUCUGUCCCUCUGAAGAACCCGGGCGUACAGGCAAGAGAUAAAGUUUUGGAAGCUAUUGCUCCCAUGAGAAGAGGCCGUCCUACAGCUCCGAAGGAUCCCUCGUCAUCUCGGCAAGCAAGUCCAGAAAAGGACAAAAGUUGGUUAGAGGAUGAGAACAAAGCAUGGGAGGCAGUAUCAAAGAAAGCCGGCUCAGAUGCCAUAGCGAAUCUCGACGACGCAUUUUCAGUCCCUGGGAAGGCAACCGGAGCAAACAGAGCAGGUCAGAAAGGGUUUGGUGAUGAUUUCGCGGAGCGAUUAUGGAACGCGCCAGAUCCUAAUUCUCAAACUGUUGCACCUGCAAUGCAGCCACCUGCCUCGUUUAAGAACCCCCCUCUGAAAGCUAGUAUUGCCCGUGUCGCUUCCCUUUCCCGUACGAGGGAUAGGGCAAGAGCUAUACCCACUGCCCAGAGGGAGAAAGAUGCAUUCGACAGCUUGGGCUUUGGCAGUUCCGAGGAGAAACCAGCACCAACUCUGGCAGAAGCUAGGAAGUUAAGGACGGGAUUGGCUGCCCCAAUGACUUCUCAGGACCCCAGUAACAAAUUCAACCAAGCGAACCGCCCGGAGCUUUUCCCUAAUCUCUCUUACACUUCAUCGACACCCUCGCAAACGCUCGUACCUCCCCCUCUGAAGCCCUCUGGUUCUGGGUCGUCAUGGAGCUCACAGCCUCCUUCGCGACCAGGAUCAAGUCAUCAAACCACCGAUUUCCCUGCGGAGACGCGGUUCCCAUCAUUGGCAGAGCUUGACGCUUCAUUCGCUCCGAAGCAAAGUAACAAACGCAGCUCAUUCUCCAUGAAACCUGGUCCUCACGCAUCGAGUCAACCGCAGCUCGCUCAAGCCACAAAAUCAAUUUAUGCUUCAGAAAUCGAUAAGACUACCUCAGGAGUAUCUCGAGUGGUGUUUCCUGAUCCUUCCAAAGCAGAGGAGAAGGUGACGCCAUACGCGAUACUUGGUGCACAUAGUACACCUAACGCAGAGAAUAGGGCGCCCAGCACCUCUCUCGAUGCAAGUGGAAGAAGGCCUUCCAUCAUUCGAAGACAUCGUAGUUCGAUUACCUUCAAGCAUGUUUCACAGUCCGAUGUGGUGUCUCCGACAUCCCCCUAUCUUCCCUCCUCAGUCAAAGAACAACCUCUCACGCAAGAGAAGGUAGCAGUAUCAAAGAUGCCCCAGAAGGAUUGGCUAACCGGGGAUGAUGACUCGCUCGAUCAUGACACAAAUACGAUCCUGGAGCGUCGUUCCUCUCCGCCACCAUCUUCCGCACCCAUGGUUCGAAAUUCUCCUAGCAAGCGUGCCUCUUUCAUUGAGAAGAGUCAUAUUCCUCUACACGAAGGACUGGUCGCUACGCAGGAGCGCAUUCCUUCGCCGCCGCCCAAAGAUCGUCUGGCCAACGUAGCAUCAUCCACUUAUUCAUCAAUUCCAGAUUCUCCUUCUACACGAGCCCAUCGGAUAUUCCCUAAAUUGGACACUAAACUGGACACUACAGCUGAGCCCGCACCGUCAGUUACGGAUACCCGGAGUCUCUCGGUCGGCGGGAACCCAAGUCGCGAACGUAAGGGAACCGCGGGUUCAUUAUCGAGUGCAGAUGAAGAGGGUCCGGAAGAGGCAGACCGUUACGUUCCCUCCAGAGCAAAAUUCAGUUCUAGUGAGCCAAAGUCCAUCAGACCACAGAGGAAGGGACGUCAGAGCUCUGUUCAUGAUCUGGUCGAUCUCUAUGGCGGGGGCCUGAGUCCGACUAAGGAGAGAGAUAGAGGAAAUGAAGCUACACGAUCCAUUGGCACGCCUUUGCCCUCGAAACCUACCAGCAAUGAACACAGACCUGUCAGAACACUUGCAAGUCCUGCGAUGCCCAUGGAGUCACGACGGAAAUCUGUGUCUCCUAAACCAAUUACCUCACCUUCGGUUUCAGAGAGUCCGGCUACCCGCCAGAGUCCAAGGUCACCUAUCGUGGCCAACCCUACCACCACCUCUUAUCCGCGAUCUCGCCCUCAGUCGAUGUUUAUCUUUCCCUCCAAGUCUUCUGAUGGCUCGACAUCCUCAUCCACGGGAUUGGUCCCUCCCCCUGAUACUGAACCACAGAGACAUACCCGUCGUACCUCCAUCUCUGACAUGGUGCAACGCUUUGAGGCUAUCGACGCCGUCGCAAAAGGCUCUGUGCUAUCGGCAAUACCGUCAAAACCACAGAGAGUGGAAACAGAUUCCGACCAAAAUUCCGUGCCUGUUGCUAAGCGCGGUGCCCAGUCCAACGGCAAGGCCACAUCUUCUGAGACACAUAUUACGGGUUUGACUAAAUCUAGAAUCGCUGCUCAACCCGCACUGCGUGUAUCCCCCUCCGCACUCACUAAGAUUUUACCUUCUCCCACACCGGAGCCUGAAAAACCCAGGGAACCCGAAGUAGUCACGCCUCGACCAAGACGAAUAUCAAUUAAACCGGAUUCUUCUAAUACAGUCCUGUUCCCGGUUUCGAGGUCCAGCUCUCAUACAGAGAGUACGACACCUUCCACUAACGCUCGAUCAUCUUCACCUGAGCGACCUUAUCAGGGUGUCGGAAAAUUGAUAGAUCAGUGGCAGCGUAAGACUGCGGAAACGGAGAGUCCCAUACCUAAGCGUGGAGGAUACGCUCCUAAACGAGUUGGUUUAGUGAAUGGACAGAGCAGGGGCCAGUAAUAACAAUUACAUACGAAAUUUCCAUGAUCUUUUGUAUCUACGGAGCCAUAAAUAUUUUUAUUACAAUGCCCAUUUUACACCACGGAUUGUAUAAUUAUACAAGUCCCUUUUCUUGUUUUGUUUGGAC